AUGUCCACCUUUGGAGCCGCAAAUACCAAUCCCAACAAAUCCUUCGAGGUCGCCCAACCACCCUCUGAUUCAAUUUCCAGUCUUUCGUUCAGUCCCAAGGCCAACUUCCUCGUCGCUACUUCAUGGGAUAAUCAGGUUCGGUGUUGGGAGAUAACAAGGAAUGGGACUGUUGUCACGAGUACACCCAAGGCUUCCAUUUCUCAUGACCAACCGGUUUUGUGCUCUGCUUGGAAGGAUGAUGGAACGACAGUUUUUUCUGGGGGCUGCGAUAAGCAGGUCAAGAUGUGGCCACUUACGUCUGGUGGACAACCAAUGACUGUUGCGAUGCACGAUGCUCCUGUGAAAGAUCUUGCGUGGAUACCGGAGAUGAAUCUUUUAGCUACUGGAAGCUGGGACAAGACCCUGAAGUAUUGGGAUACAAGGCAGUCAAAUCCAGUGCAUACACAACAACUCCCCGAUCGCUGUUAUGCAAUAACAGUGAAACAUCCUCUGAUGGUAGUGGGAACUGCAGAUCGAAAUCUGAUUGUCUUCAACUUGCAAAAUCCUCAGACUGAAUACAAGAGAAUUGUAUCUCCCCUGAAAUAUCAGACAAGAUGUGUUGCGGCUUUUCCAGAUCAACAAGGGUUUUUGGUUGGCUCGAUAGAAGGAAGGGUUGGAGUACAUCACCUGGAUGAUGCACAACAAAGCAAGAAUUUUACUUUUAAAUGCCACAGAGAGAACAAUGAGAUAUAUUCAGUCAACUCCUUAAAUUUCCAUCCGAUACAUCACACUUUUGCCACUGCCGGAUCUGAUGGUGCUUUUAAUUUCUGGGACAAGGACAGUAAACAGAGGCUCAAGGUUCCUGCUUUCUUUAAUACACUCUUCUCACCUGUCCUUUCAUUCUGA